GAGAGAGAGAGAGAGAGAGACAUGGCCAAGGCCAGGUCGUCGGCGAAGCAGUCGCGCGCGCAGGCGCCGGCGCAGCAGCAGAACGGCGCCCACGCGCUCUCCUCCAAGCUCGCCAGGUACCUCGACCCGGAGGCCACCUGGGACAAGGACCAGCUGCUGGACGCGGUGCACUGGAUCCGCCAGGCGGUGGGGCUCUUCUGCGGCCUGCUCUGGGGAGCCGUCCCCCUCGUCGGCGCCGUGUGGAUCGCGCUAUUUAUGGCUAUUUCGACAGGCAUUAUUUAUUGGUACUACGCAUACGUGUUGAAGAUUGACGAGGAGGAAUAUGGAGGCCACGGGGCGCUACUUCAGGAGGGACUUUUUGCUUCUUUCACCCUUUUCCUGCUUUCGUGGACUCUAGUAUACAGUUUGGCUCACUUUUGAGAAGCUCCUUUGCUGCACAUACCAUGCGAUCUUUGCUCACCGUGUCAGCAGAAGAGACUCACCAGAAAAGUGUAGAUUAAGGAGCAUUUUAGAACAAGCAUUGUAUCAAAAUGGGUCGGAGUUGUAAUGUUAUUUCCCAAACCCAGUGUAAUUUUGGUACUAUGGGUUUAGCUCAGUGCGAGGUAGAACACUGCCAAUGAAAUCUUCAAUCAGAGGGCAAAAUGUUGAUCACUGAGUUUGCAGUCAAACAGCAUUCAGUUGCCCAAGCCAUGAAUUCGAUGUACACAUUUAGCGCAUCAAUUGUUCUAAGUUUA